UGUCGAAGUGACGUCAUAUUUUCUCAUAAAAGAGGAAGUUUCAGUUCUUUCUUUAUAUUCGACGACGAACAACUCAGAGACAUUGUUUUAUGUAUCGACGUGACUUGAAGAAAAAAGAAAUGGAGACUAACGUUGUCUGUCGCGUGACAAACUACCCUAUUGUUUCAUCGGCUCUAGGCCAGGUCACAGGGUUUUACGAGAAGACGAAGGAUUCAAACAGGCUCUUGAAAUAUACACUUGAGACUGGUGAAUCCUGUCUAAAGACUGUAUCCAGUUCUGCCCUUCCUGUGGUCAACAAGUUCGAGAAACCAAUCGAGAGCUUGAACUCUGUGGCAUGUGACCAGCUGUCUAAACUUGAGGAGAAGUAUCCCAUAAUCACAAAACCAACUGAUGAGGUAUUGGAAGAAACCAAGAUUGUUUACGACAAGAACCUGAAACCCUCCGUUGAUAAAGUGAUUGGUGCUGCCCAGUACACUGUCGACACUGUUAAUGGUGUCAAGAAGUACGGGACAGAAAAGGUCGCCAGUGCCACACAAUAUGGUGUGGACACGGUCAACGGUGUAAAGGACUACACCACCACCAAGAUUACUGAUGUUGCCAAUUAUGGCAUUGAGACCGUCAACCAUGCCUUGGAGACACCCUAUGGUCAAGUUGUCGCCCAGAAACUUGAUACAGCACUCACCUUAGCUGAGCAGUACACCGACAAGUACCUUCCAGAAGACGAGACUGAACCUGAAGCCAAGGGUGAUGAACUGGCAAAGGAGACUGGUACUGAGAAAGCGAGCAUUGCUCGUGUCACAACCCUGACCAACAAGGUCAGACAAAGGAUGUUUACUAGGGCUAUGAAGGACUUCCAGAACAUGCAGACCAGGAGUAAAGUGACACUGGAUAAAUUGAACUUCACUGUAGAUCUGAUCCAGUACGCCAAGACCAACAUCGACUCAGCCAACCAGAAAGUCCAUGAUGGCUUCUCCGGCGCCCAGCAGAUGCUGAAGACCACGUGGGAUGAGAUCAACAAAGAAGAAGAUGCUGACCAAGAUACUGAGAACACUGAAGAAGGCAAGACACUUAACCGCCGUGCCAUUCUCGUCGCCCGCCACCUGACCAUGAAAUUGAAGACCGGAUUUAAUGCUGCCAUGGAAACCACUCACAAUCUUCCUGACGCUGCCAGAGAGCGACUUGGAGAGGCCCUGAAAUAUAGCGAAGAGUUGUACGAAUCCUUCAAAAAGGUCGGACACGUUGAUGAAUUGUCUACCAUGGUGCUUGACCAGGCCAAAGUGAAAGUGACCAACAUACAGGAGACCAUGGCUUACCUGACUGAUGUUGCUGUUAACUCAUGGGCACUCUCAUGGUUGGGCUUCAAAAGAGUCGAUUUUGAAAAUGGCGAGAAUGGAAGUGAGACGGAAAUGGAAGACCUGACUGAGAAAACGGAUGCAUGACUUUGGAAAAGAUGCAAGAUGCCACGAGUCAAGUUGAUGUCUAGAAUGCGGAUUCAAAGUCAAACAACAUCAAUGACAACUGGAAUGGAAAUGGGACUGAAAAUAUCUAAACCAAGAGAUUUAUUUACGAGAGUGAUAACAUUUCUAAGUUCAAGGACUUAUUCAAUAAUCUCUCGUUUUUGGAACAAUACUUUUAUAUUUGAUGUCGACCCAAUUUUGUUUAUGACCGUCUGUCUCAUUUUAUGUUGUCUGUGCGUCACAUCAUCAAUGUUGUUGUACUUGACAAUGUUUCCCAUUUCUGGAUUAAACAAUUUGGCUGUAGUUUGUAGGUUGGUUUUGGAAGAAAUGAAUGAGUUUGUCUGUACCCGUAAUUCAACCAGUUCAUCAGCCUCCACUGUUGAAGAAAAUGAUCAUGCUUAAAAUCACCUUGAAAGGCAUAUUUCAGACACCUUGAAAGGCAUAUUUCAGACUAUCUGUUGGGACUAUUGAGGCUGCAUUUUAAAGGAGGAGCAUCGGUAUAUUGUAAUAUUAGAGCUCCCAUGCAAGGGGGCUUCAAAUACAUCCCAAAGUGUGGACAAACAUUUCAUUAAAUGUUUUUCAAUAUCUUAUAUGUGCGACAAUUAUCUCCAGCGACUCCUCAACAUCAUCUCGACCAGCUGAUUUGUUAAACUCAUCUUGACCAGCAGAUUUGUGGAUAAAAUUGUGAAUCAUGGGACUUUAGACCAGCCUUCCAUGUACAUGAUGUGUCUUGUUUUCUAAGUUGUAUUUCAUUAAAGCAGUUUAAAAUUUAAUAAAGCUGUUGUUGCGUUUCUUAACAAAGUGGCAUUAGUACUGGUAGUGGAACCAGUAGUUAUGGUUGUACUCUGUGCAGUUUUCCCCAAGAAAUACAGUUCUACCAAAUAUUUGUAGAAACUUAUAAAUAUUUGGUAUUGACCUUUUCCAUAUUGCACAAGGGUAUGCUAUGCUACUAGGAAAAACAUACUGGGAAUUCAGCACUGUUGCCCAAAUGACUUUUAUAAAAGUCCUGUUCUGAAUACCAUAAGGGCCAUGGAUUCUUUAUAGGCAGGGAAGGGGAUUAGCACUGUGUGUAACAGGGCUGUAUUGUUUUGUGAGUGUCUGUGUGAGCGGAGGUUCUUUGAUGAUGAAUGAAUGAAGUUGCUGACCCAAUCGAAGUGUUUUAUGUACAGUUGCCCCUCCCUCCCCUUUGAUGAUACGCUUUAGUCCAGCUGUCCCUUAUCUCUGGAAUCGACUCCCCAAAGCAAUUGCAUCUGCUGAGACCCUCACCCAAUUCAAAUCCCUUCUUAAAACA